CUGCGUUAUCAAGAGAAUUUGAGGCUUUGGUCGUAGGGCAACCGAUAUUGUGUCCUUGUCCUGUCCUGGAAAAGCAGCUUCAAGUGGGUCUGGACUAGAACUUCAAAAGAAGAAGAAGAAAAAUCUCUCACAGGUUUGGGUGAAGAUAUUCCUGAAGAAUUGUUCCAGGUACCCUCUGCAAAAAUGGCCAAGCUGACAGCUGUUCCUCUCAGUGCACUUGUGGAUGAGCCUGUGCACAUCCAGGUCACAGGCCUGGCCCCCUUUCAGGUGGUGUGCCUUCAGGCAUCACUGAAAGAUGAGAAGGGAAAUCUGUUUAGUUCUCAGGCCUUCUACAGGGCCAGUGAAGUGGGUAAGGUAGAUCUGGAGUGUGACUCCUCUCUUGGAGGAGACUAUAUGGGGGUCCACCCCAUGGGCCUUUUCUGGUCCUUGAAACCUGAAAAGAUAUUAGGUAGAUUGGUAAAAAUAGAUGUGAUGAAUAGCCCCUACCAAAUCCACAUAAAAGUUUGCCAUCCAUCCUUUCCAAUACAAGGCAUAGUUGUCAGUCCUCCAUUGGAUAGCCUGACUCUGGAGAGGUGGUAUGUGGCACCUGGUGUCAAGAGGAUCCAGGUAAAGGAAGGCCGAAUCCGGGGAGCCCUGUUUCUGCCUCCAGGAGAAGGUCUUUUUCCAGGGGUCAUUGACUUGUUUGGAGGUGCUGGUGGACUGAUGGAGUUCCGGGCAAGUCUCCUGGCCAGUCGUGGCUUUGCCACCUUAGCUCUGGCUUACUGGAACUAUGAUGACCUGCCCUCUCAACUGGAGGAGGUAGAUCUAGAGUAUUUUGAAGAAGGUGUAGAGUUUCUCCUGAGACAUCCUAAGGUCCUGGGCCCAGGUGUUGGCAUCGUUUCUGUAUGCCUUGGAGCAGAGAUUGGGCUUGCUAUGGCUAUUAACCUAAAACAAAUAACAGCCACUGUACUUAUCAAUGGGCCUAAUUUUGUUUCUAAAAAUCCACAUGUAUAUCGUGGUCAGGUCAACCCACCUGUACCCUGCAAUGAAGAGUUUGUAAUCACCAAUGCCUUGGGACUUGUAGAGUUCUAUCGAACCUUUGAGGAAACUGCACAUAAGGAUAGCAAAUAUUGUUUUCCCAUUGAAAAAGCUCAUGGACAUUUCCUUUUUGUGGUGGGAGAAGAUGAUAAGAAUCUCAACAGCAAAGUGCAUGCUAAUCAAGCCACAGCACAGCUGAUAAAAAAUGGGAAGAAGAAUUGGACUCUGCUGUCUUACCCUGGGGCAGGUCACCUGAUUGAGCCUCCCUAUACUCCACUGUGCCAAGCCUCAAGGAUGCCCACUGUGAUCCCAAGCAUCAACUGGGGAGGAAAGGUUAUCCCCCAUGCAGCUGCACAGGAGCAUUCUUGGAAGGAGAUACAGAAAUUUCUCAAGCAGCAUCUCCUUCCAAAUUUGAGCAGUCAGCUCUGAGUGAACUUGAUUAUAUUUCUGGAAAGUGGAGCUGGGUAUCUCCUGGCCAGCACCACUCCUCACUUCCAUAGAGGAAUGUCUUUGAUCUCUUAUCUGGCAAGGAAGGAGAGUACCACAAGAAUAUACAGGAGGAUAGAGAGUGAUAAAGUCUUGACUUUGGAAGGGGAAACAUGUUUUUCCACGGAGUGAAAUGUCAUGCAGUGAGAACCCUAUAUCUGCAUAAAUAAAAUCUUAGGCUUUUCCUAAAGUGUUCAACAUCAUAGCAACUUUCUGUUAUGAUAAUUAUCAAGGAAAUUAUCAGUGAUAACCCACAGAAUACUUUUGUUUAUAAAAGAAACAUGAAAAGAAUUAUAUAUUAUCACUUAUUAAUUUCUUGAAAGUCACAUUAAAUAUACUGUGAUCAUUCUUGUUGUCAUGGAAAAUCUACAGACACAUGUUUUAGGGCCUUGUGAAUGGUUGUAUGUAUGCAGGAGUAUUGAACCAAUUUACAAACAACAAUUUACAAAAUGUUAAUACAAUCACUUUUGCCUCUAAGCAUCUGCAGCAUGGGGAGCACCCUGAAAUGUGUCAGAGUGCAGCUAAGAGAAGCACAUAUGGUGGAGAGGACUGUGGCCCCCACAUUAGUGAUGAGCAGCCUUGCUUGUUUCUUUUCUGUAAAGUACUCUCCUGUGAAUAAUCUCAGCUUUGCCCUCCAUGCAACUCCUGUCCGUGUGAUGCACUCUGCUCUGAUAAUAGGGAAGUAUGAAGAUGACAUCUGCAUUUUCAUCAAACUUUAAUCAUGUCUACUGAAAUUAACAUUUAAUAAUUUUGUUUUGGCACUGGAGAGAUGGCUCAGCUGUUAAAAGCCAGGCUAUUUAACAAAAUAUAUAAGAGUAAUUUUGUUUUGAAAAUAGUUACUUUCUUUAAAAAUUUCUCCAGCAUUUAUAAAUAUAAACCAUUGUUCAUACAUGGGCAUCACACAAAAGCAGCUGGAGCUCACAGGGCAUCAUUGCUAGAGCAUUCAAAAUGGCCAUCAGCCUUCUCCAAAGGACAAAUCAUGGCAGAAAUAUUCCUGAGCUACUAUAUUGCAAGGGGUAGAAGUUGAGGGUAACUGGUGGAUAACAGGGUUAAGGCAUACAUUUAAGCAUACAUUUCAGAUAAUUUUUGAAGCAUGAUGGGGAACUAGUAAAGAAUUAUCAUUUCAUAGCAAGAUGAAGACACUUCUCCCAUGUCCGCCUGGACUCUUACUUUUGUCUGCUUUGUGAUAACUUUUCUGCUGAAAUUUUUAAAAAUAACUUACGUUUUGGGUGGAAUAAAUUGCCCCCUCCUUACUGGUUGAAGUGGGAACUUGUCAUACAUAUGUGAUCAAUCAAAAUAUAUCAAUUUGAUUAUAAUAACCAUGUAAUUGCAAUAACAGAUAUUUCUAGCACUAGUUUUGGGAUAUAGGAAGGAGAAUUCAUGUUGGCAUUUAUUCCGGUGUACAACCCCCUAAAUUAUAUUCCAAGGAAUUUCUCCCAAAUAAAAAAAUAAUUUUAUCUUUUCAGAAUCACUAGAAUGUAAUAUAAUAGAUCCUUAAAUAAUAAGAUGUUCUUCUGUAUAAAAUGGCUAGCCACUUUAGAAUAGUAACCAGUUCUCAUAAUUCUCUGACAGGCCUCCUCCCAAUUUCCAGUCCUGUCCCUUCAAAUAUAUCUCCCAACCAUUCCUCCCUCAAUUUUCUAACAGGCAGUUUAAGCAGUCAUGUCUCCCAGUUUUCCCCAUACUAGCAGCUCCAAACUGUAACAACUUUUCUAGCCUAUCUGCUCAACUCAGUUCCUGGUUGAACUGUCUUCUAACUUCUGCACCAACUGCCUUCUCUUCUCACUCUGCUAUCCUAAUCCCAUUUGCAGGUGCAGCUGCCCUUUUAAUAACAUAUUCUGUUCCCAGAAAUCCGAAAGGCAACCAACACUGAAGGUCUUAGAUUCAAGCAGUUCUGACAGCUAAGAAUUCUUAAAGUGUCAGUUGAUCAGCUACUGGGAUCCUCCAAAAGGUCAGGCACACAGGAUAAGUCAAACCACAGUUCCAAAUAGUGUUGAUUGUACAUUUUAAUCUUCCCUCUUUGCUCAGAUUUAUAAUUGUAUUCGUCAGGUUUUUUUUUGGGGGGGGGGUCAGGGUAACAUAAUAACUCAAACAAACAAGCAAACAAAUAAACAAACAAGCCAACAAUAGAGAUUUAUUUGGCUCAGUUUCAGGUCAUAUUUUUUUCUUUCAGUUUGUUUAUGUAGAGGAUUACAUUGACAGAUUUUGUAUGUUGAAACAUCCUUGCAUCUCUGGAAUGAAGCCUGCUUAUGGCAGAUGAUCUUCUUUCAUGUGCUAUUUUGGUUUGGGGGUAUUUUAUUGAGUAUUUUUAUAAUCAAUGUUCAUGAGAGAAUGGAUGUGUAAUUCUUUUAUUGUUGACUCUGUGUGGAUUGGGUAUCAGGGUGACUGUGGCCUCAUAAAUUUAAUUUG